CGCGGCGCGGCCGGAGCCGGCGGGGCGGGGGCCAGGUGCCAGUGCGGGGGGCGCGGCGGGGCCGGGGCUCGGGCUCGAUGCCCCCGCGGGGUCAUUUCCCGGUGCCUUCCUUCCCCCAGGGCCGGAGCCGGAGCUGAAAAACGUCCCCGGGCCCCGAUCCUGAGCCCGCACCCGCGGUGUGGAGCAGCGGAAGGGACCCUGGGCCCAGCCGGUGCCAACGAUGUUCCCUCAAAACCGGCCCCCGGCCCAUCUCCAGGCACCCUCCGCUGCAUCAGGUACCGCUGUUGGCACCAGCACUAUCCCUGCCACCCCGCAGUCCCUGAAGCUGACAUACCCUGAGACCUUGGACCGCAUCAAGGAGGAAUUCCAGUUCCUGCAGAACCAAUACCACAGCUUGAAGUUAGAAUGUGAAAAGCUGGCAACAGAAAAAACAGAAAUCCAGCGUCAUUAUGUCAUGUACUACGAGAUGUCCUACGGCCUGAACAUCGAGAUGCACAAACAGACGGAGAUAGCGAAGCGGCUGAAUGUGAUCUGCGCCCAGCUCAUCCCGUUCCUGUCUCAGGAGCACCAGCAGCAAGUGGUCCAGGCCGUGGAGCGUGCGAAGCAGGUGACUAUGACCGACCUGAACGCGGCCAUCGGGCACCAGCUCCAGACCCAGCACCUCUCGCACCACGUGCCCCCCAUCCCGCUGACCCCCCACCCCUCCGGCAUGCAGCCCGCUGGCCUUGCCAGCCUUGGGAGUGCUUCGGGGCUUCUGGCGCUCUCGGGGGCGCUGGGGGCCCAGGCUCAGCUCCUUGCCAAAGACGACCGCGGAGUCCAUGACGCCGAGCACCGGGAGCGGGACCCAGGGCCUAGCUCCCUGGCGCUGCCCAAUGGGGAGCGGGCGCGAGCCAUCUCCGAGUACCUGAGCAACACCAAGAAGAGGAAGGUGGAGGAGAAGGACUUUGUGACAGACUACGGCAGCGACGCGGACAAAAGCGAAGACAACCUGGUGGUCGAUGAGGACCCUUCGUCCCCGCACAGCGUCCACUCCUACUCAUCCCGCGAGAAUGGGGUGGAAAAGCUGCCACUGGGGAGGAAGGAGGCUGUGCCGCUCAGCCCAACCUCCAUGGCCUCCUCGAGCAGCACCUCCCCAUCCCGCAGCAAGGAUGUGCCCACAGUGGAGAAGGCAGGGACACCCAGCCUCAAGUCCAGCACCCCCACAUCCCAGGGCGAUGCCGCGACCCCAGGCUCCAGUGGUGCCCAGCAGUUCCGCCCCACCGCCCCCAAGGCCCCUGUGGACCCCCUGGCCCUGGGCCUGAGGACCCCGCUGGGAGUGCAGAGCCCCUACUCUGCCACCUUCGGCAUGGCUCACCCUGCCGUCAACGGGGACAUGGCUGGGGCUGGCGCCUAUGCCAGCCUCCAUCUCGUGUCCCCACAGCUCAACGGGGCCGCAGCUGCUGUGGGAGCCGGCAGCUACGGGCGGUCUCCCCUGGUUGGCUAUGACCCACACCCACACAUGCGCGUCCCAGGGCUGGCAGCCGGCAUGCAAGUGGGGACGUCGGGGAAGCCCGCCUACUCCUUCCAUGUCAGUGCUGACGGGCAGAUGCAGCCAGUGCCGUUCCCCCCUGAUGCCCUCCUGGGCUCCGGCAUCCCCCGGCAUGCGCGGCAACUCCACAGCCUGGCCCACGGCGAGGUGGUCUGCGCCGUCACCAUCAGCAACUCUACGCGCCAUGUCUACACUGGGGGCAAGGGCUGCGUGAAGGUGUGGGACGUGGGGCAGCCAGGCACCAAGACAGCCGUGGCUCAGCUGGACUGCUUGAACCGUGACAACUACAUCCGCUCCUGCAAGCUGCUCCCC